AUGCGUUUUAUGUCGACUUUUGCUACGGCACUCCUGCUCACGGUGAACGUGACAGGAGCCAGCCCAGCAGCCCAAUCAGCCUCCGUCGGUACCGUCGCGCCUGCUGCGCAUGGCCCCGAGCAAGCAGCAGAGCCUACCACAGCCGCCGCAACCACCCAGCAGCAGGCUGAUACAAACCAGGGCAAUGCCAAUGUCCAUGCCGCCAACACUCCUGCGGAGGACCCUGCUCCUCAAGCGGAUCCUACAACUGCAGCGGCUACUGUGGCGGCGAAUACCGCGACUGCCGUCAACCAUGCAGCCAACUCUGCUGCUGGUUCCGAUGACGAAGAUACUGCCUCUGCUGGCAACACCGCUCCAACCACGACGGCCAACGGUGGCCUCGUUGGAAACCUGGUGGGUGGAGUUGAAACGGCCCUCGGCGGUGGUUCUUCCAAAUCGGAGUCUGAGACUGGCCCGAGCCAGACUACCUCUGCUUCUUCUUCGUCCGGUACCUCUGGCACCAAGUCUGGCAGCUCAUCGGACUCUGACUCCGACUCCGACUCCAGCUCCGGCUCUUCUAGUUCUUCUAGCUCUGCCUCGUCGGACAAGACGAAUAACCUCCUGUCUGGCUUGGAAAAGACCCUCAGCGGCCUGCUUGGAGGUAACGGCAAUGGUGGCCUGGGUGAUCUUAUUGGUGGACUCGAGGGUCUUCUCAACCCCGGUUUCCUGAAGACAGUCACUGAUACUUUCGAGUACCUGUCCACCAGUUUGGCUCCUCCUGUCGACCACGACAUUCGGAGCUUGGUGGCAAAUGCCAACAACCUUCUGACCGCAGACUUCUCCAACAAGGUCGGCGAUUUGAUUGAUAACGCCAACGACCUUUUGACCAAGAAGAACACCCAAGAGAUCAUGUCUCUGAUCAACAAUGCCAAUGAUCUCCUGUCAUCUGACUUCGUCAAGAAGGUUGACAACUUGAUUGACAAUGCUGCCCUGCUGUUGACUCCCGAGGACACCAAGGCUAUCAUCAGCUUGAUCAACAACGCCAACAAGCUGCUCACCCCCGGAUUUGUCAAGGAGACCAACAACCUCAUCUCCAAGGCCAGCCCUCUUAUCGAUCAGGCCAGUGGCCUUCUCACCGAGGGCAAUGUCCACGAGAUCGAGUCGUUGUUGUCCAAUGCCAACAAGUUGCUCACCCCCAGCUUCAUCGACACCACCGGCAAGCUCAUCAAGCAGGCCGGUCCUCUUAUCACCAAGGCCAGCGGUCUGCUUACCGACGGCAAUGUCAAGGAGAUCGAGUCCCUGCUGUCCAACGCCAACAAGCUGCUCACCCCAAGCUUCAUCGAUACUACUGGCAAGCUUAUCAAGCAGGCUGGCCCUCUCAUCGACAAGGCCAGUGGGCUUCUCACCGAGGAAAAUGUCAAGGAGAUCGAAAACCUGCUGUCGGCCGCCAACAAGCUGCUUACGCCAAGCUUUAUCGACACCACCAGCAAGCUUAUCAAGCAAGCCGGUCCUCUCAUCAACCAGGCCGGUCCUCUCAUCGACAAGGCCAGCAAGUUGCUCACUGCGGCCAACGUCAAGGAGAUCGAGAACCUGCUGUCGGCCGCUACCAAGUUGCUUACCCCCAGCUUCAUCGAUACUACUGCCAAGCUUGUCAAGCAGGCGGGUCCCCUUAUCAGCCAGGCCGGUCCUCUCAUCGACAAGGCCGGCAAGCUGCUCACCGAUGGCAAUGUCCACGAGAUCGAGACGCUUCUGGGCAAUGCCAACGAUCUUCUCACUGGCAGCUUCGUGAACGCGACCUCCAACUUGGUGGAGGAGGCCAGCGACCUUCUGACUCCGGGAACCAUCAAGGGUAUCAAGGGUCUGCUCGACCAGAUCACUCCUCUCUUGCCCGAGCUCAAGGGACUGCUCAAGCCAUCUCUUAUUACCGAGAUCGAGCACGUUCUGAACGCCGCCAACAAGUUGCUUACCGACGACUUCGUCAAAGAGACUACCAGCCUCAUCAGCGAGGCCGACAGCCUUCUUACUCCGGAACUCACCAAGGGCCUCAAGUCGAUUCUGAACGAGGUCAUUCCUCUGCUUCCGGAGAUCAAGUCGCUAUUGAGCAAGGGCAUGAUCACUUCGAUCGAGAACCUUCUGACCAACGCCGAGCACUUGCUGACACCCAAGUUCGUCAACGAGACCAUGAGCUUGGUUGGCGAGGCCGACAGCCUGUUGACUCCGGACCUCACCUCUGGCUUGAAGUCCAUCCUCAGCGCCGUUACUCCUCUGCUCCCCGAGAUCAAGCACCUCUUGACCAAGAACACCAUCGACGCCGUUGGAUCUCUCUUGACCAAUGCCAACAACCUCCUGACCCCCAAGUUCGUGAACGAGACCACCGGUCUGAUCGACAGCGCCGACGACCUCCUCAGCCCUACCAUCGUCCACGGACUGAAGGACCUCUUGGGCGACGUCAUCCCCUUGAUCCCCACCCUAGAAAGGUCUCUGCUGAACACCACCAUCAUCACCGACUUGGGUUACAUCGUGACAAAUGCUACCAACUUGCUCACUCCCCACUUCGUCGACGAGACCUCUGGCCUUGUCGACACCGCGGACGACCUCCUAAGCCCCAAGUUGGUCAGUUCACUCAAGGACAUCGUUGGUUACCUGCCGGACAUUAUGCCCUCAGUUAAGAAGCUGCUCAAGCCCAAGACCAUCGACGAGAUUGGCUCCCUCUUGGAUAAUGCUAGCGACCUUCUCACUCCCAAGUUCGUCAAUGAGACAACACUCCUGAUUGACGAUGUCACUGGCUUCUUGCCUUUGGUUCAGGAAUUGCUCAAGGCGCUGUGA